AAAUAAAUGCACGAUUGUUGCCGAGGUUCUCUCAAGGUCGGCGAGGCUGAGACGCAAGACCGCACAGCAUCACAGUUUCUCAUCUCCAUAGACGUCGGAUGUGCAAAGCAUCCGCAUCCGCAUCCGCUCUCGCUCUUUUCCUGUUCUUUGUGUUCAGCGGAAGAAGCAGAACGAAACGACGAACUUAUAUAACAACAGAAGGUUAAUACCCUGAGUUUCAUGAUUAUCAUAAGCUUCCUCUUCGUGGCUGUGAUGGUGCCGGCGGUGCUGCCAGGGCCUCCAGAGCCGCACAGGACGAGCAACGAUCCGUCUCUGAAACGUGUCUUGCCCUCGAAUUCGUCUCCAAAGCUCAUAAUGACGAAGAAUGCAAUACUUCGCUUCGGACCAAAUUCUAAAGACUGGAGUAACUUGAUAGCUGCUUUAAACUCGACCUCUGAUGACCAAAGGGACCCAAGGCGAGUGAUGGAGCCACAGGGAGCAGGACUUAGACGAGGAAGAUACUUUCGCGUUCGCAGAAGCUAAAUUGGAAACUAACUUCUUGAUGAUAUAAACGCUUACUUAUAUAAACACUA